AUGUCGACGACGUUGGAUCCUCCAGAGCAACAUCAAAUCUUGGAAAACCCCUCUCAGCUGUACGACCAGCUGACAGCAUGGUGCUAUACCCCUGUUGUACUGAUGGAUAGCGACACUGCUCGGGAGUGGACAGAGCUGUUGUCCACCAAGGAGUUCACGAGCGUGACUCUCGAGGAUACACCCGGCAAUUUGACCGGGCUGCUUCGAGCCUUCAACGCCUUUCCUUAUGACGACGAACUCAAUGCUGCUAGACAAGCUAUCAAAUCCUUCUCCAUUACCGUCAAAGAUCCAUCCGAACAAGAGAGUCGCCCUCAGACAGACAGGCAUCUUAUGACUGGUCUUCAGAUUAUCUCUUUAGAUCCCAAACCUUUUACUGUCUCAGAUGGGCGACAAUUUUACGAUGCCAUCUUGGACAGCCCCGAACGACCUAUCUGGUGGGAAAUGUACUCAAUCAGGAUCCGAGGAGCCAACGUGCUAGGUGCCUGCAUCAUAGGCCGCAGCAAUUACAGAACACUCAAGUUUGUCGACAUCGAUGGUUGGAUCACCUCGAGCGGUUGCGAGAAGAUGGAAGCGAAAAUUGAAUUCGACAAUGUUCGUAAGGGAAUGGAACGCAUCAGUAUCACACGCCUUGCUUUCCACUUUGACUACCGGCGCUUCAGUCCAAGGAUCAUUCGUUGUGACUUGGGUAAAGAGAUGUCGUCUCGCCCUCUGUCAACUCAUCGAAUCAAGCAGUGGUAUACAAAGUGGAUUGAAUACCUGACGAAAGGCACAUGCCUGGAAGAAGUUUGGAUUUUCGCUCACAGUUCUCUUGCUUAUGUUGGAACCCUCGAUGACGAUGAGAAAGUCACCGUCCGGUGCCGCGAGCUUGGCGAUGAGCCUAAGCAAGGCUUUCCCUGGGGGCUUCAUGAAGAGUAA